AUGUCGCAAACCCAGCUCAGGACUCGCGCUCAUGCGACGGUAGAUUAUGAACACCAAGCCGAGAAACUGUCCCUCGACUCGGGAUACAACGCCCACGACGAUGAGGCGCAUGGUGUCGCCGUGCAAGCCAGCUUCAUCACGCCACUGGAUCCCGUGAUCGAGACCAACGACGGUAACAGACUCCCCUCUGUUCCAGUGCAGGAAGCGCACAAGAUCAACAUCCUCAAGGCCAGGGCUGAAGGUCGCACUCAUCGCCCCCAAGCCCCGCGCCCAAGGGGUCUGAGCCGGUUCGAUGUUCGUAACGUUGAGGAAAACGAUGUUAACAGGGACGAGCUAUUGCGAGACGACCGGGCGAGUGAGACGAGUCGCCUAGAUGAAGCCUUACCGCCGUCCCAUACACAUCCACUAUUUCCUCCGUUGCCUCUUUAUGGGCCUCCUACGUUCCUCCGGAAUCUCCAGUGCGUCACCUUUCGAAUCACAUCCUUUUUCUUGUCGACGGCGUUCCUGCUCGUCGUAGUGCUAGGGGCAGUAUUUACAACGCUACCGCACCUGCUCAACAAAACAUGGCUGCGGCUGACCUUUCGAGACCGACAUCGUGAACGUCCCUUUGCUGAAGAAGAAAAGAGAAGAGCAGGUUUACGCCGAGAACAAGACAAAGAGUGGGCUGCCAGAAAGCGCAGGCGUGUAUCGGAUAGCAGUCCAAGAGACAACCCUUUGGAUCAAGGAAAAGGGAGAUAUGCUCCCCUUGAAGGAGGACCUGACAAGCUUGUCUGCGACGUCGGAUAUUAUGCUCGGCGAGUCGGCCUCGACGCCGAAGACUUUAGAGUGCAGACGGAAGAUGGAUUCAUUCUUACUCUCUGGCACCUUUACGAUCCCAACGAAUAUAGGCCUUCACCGGAUACUCACAGACGAUCUAAAUCCCCGAAGAUCUUUCCUGAGCAAAAGAGCUCCCACCAACACGUCCUAACGCAGUUCAACGACGGAGAAAGGAGGUACCCUGUCCUGCUCAUUCAUGGGCUCUUGCAAAGUGCUGGGGCAUAUUGCGCCAACGAUGAUGACAGUUUGGCGUUUUUGCUGUGCAAAUCUGGUUAUGAUGUUUGGCUGGGUAACAAUCGAUGCGGCUUUGAGCCUGAGCACAGCCUGCUCCCAUACAAAGAUCCACGGAUGUGGGCGUGGAAUAUCCGUCAAAUGGGAGUCAUGGACUUACCUGCGCUCAUCUCGAGGGUGCUCGAAGAAACCGGGUUUGAGAAGCUAGGACUUGUGUGUCACAGCCAGGGGACUACGGAGACGUUUGUCGCCUUAGCCAAAGAACAGCGCCCUGACAUUGGCGACAAAAUCAGUGUAUUUUGUGCGCUGGCUCCGGCAGUCUAUGCUGGACCUCUCAUUGACAAAAUGUACCUCAAGUUCAUGAGGGUCAUUUCGCCUAGGAUGUUCCGCAUGUUCUUUGGCAUCCACAGUUUCAUCCCACUCAUGAUGACGAUGCACCAAGUCUUGCCAGGCCGGAUCUACGGGUUCAUGGGAUAUUUGGUCUUUUCAUUUCUUUUCAACUGGUCUGAUACCCGAUGGGAUCGUGGUCUUCGCGACCGCUUCUUCCAGUUUUCGCCUGUGUACGUCAGCGCAGAAAGCAUGCGUUGGUGGCUCGGGCGGGAAUGUUUCACGAAACAAAGGUGCAUUCUAGCCACGCGAGAACUGGGACAACAAGAAGACGUCGAGGAUCAAAGUGAAGAGGAAAGGCGCGAAGAUGCCAUGUCGAACGCAGCGGAUCGCGGUCGGACAGCCUGGUAUGACAAGCAUGUCCCGCCAUUCGCUCUAUGGGUCGCCGGCAGCGACGAUCUCGUUGAUGGACGGCGCCUGCUUAGACGUUUUGAGAGAGGACGUGAACCUCAUGUCGACGUGGUCCACAGCAAGGUUAUUGAAGAGUAUGAGCAUCUUGAUGUUCUCUGGGCGAUGGAUGCCGCUGAGCAAGUCGGGAAGGAGGUUCGUGAAGUCUUGUGGAAGACAAUGCCGGAAGAUGCAAGAGGUACGUGCAGGAAAAUUUUGGGCGUGAAUGAGACAUCUGUCGUCUGCGUUGGUCAAGCCAGCGAGCGACAAGAGAAGGCGACUUUUUGCGAUAGUCAGGUGGUGGAGGGACCAGCUUGA